AUGCAGACGUCUGCCUUCACAUUUGCCAUAGAGUGGAGCCGGUAAAGCAGGAGGAAUGUUCGCUCGCCGGGUUCAGGAAAUGCUUCGUAGCCCCCUCUUUCGGCUGGGGACCAGAAGCAGCCCCCGAACUUCGGGCAGGAUUGUCCCUGUUGGCUCCUCUGCUACUGCUGGUGGGAAGAUCGCUUUGCUGGAGAGAGGCAUUAUCCUUUCAUCAGUUGCCUACUUAGCAUUUGAAACCUACAAAUGGAAAAGAGGCCAAACAGUUGUACACGCCAGCAUUAAAGUUGAAGAUAUCGUAGAGCAAGCGGAUUACUUAUAUGGCAGCGGAGAGACCAUAAAGUUAUAUGAACUUCUUAGCCAGUACAAAGACAGAAAUGACGCUGAGCUUCUGUGGAGACUCGCCCGGGCAGCGCGAGACAUGGCACUCCUUUCCACAACCCCUCGAGAUGAGAAGAAGAGACUGGUUUAUGAGUCCUUCGACUGUGCUAAGAAAGCUCUAGAAGUUGAUGAGCUGUGCUGGGCAGCACACAAGUGGUACAGCAUAUGCCUGAGCAACGUCGGUGAUUACGAAGGAAUCAAAACGAAAAUUGGGAACGCCUAUAUUGUAAAAGAGCACCUUGAGAGAGCCAAAGAGCUAAAUCCAAAGGACGCCACCACUAUUCAUAUCAUUGGGGUGUGGUGUUACAUGUUUGCAGACCUUCCCUGGUACCAAGUUAAAAUAGCCUCAGCUUUAUUUGGAACCCCACCCUCUGCUACAUUCGAAGAGGCCCUCACAUACUUUCUGCAGGCAGAGGAAGUCGAUCCACACUUUUAUAGUACAAAUCUUCUGUUUUUGGGGAAAACGUAUUUGAAGUUAAAGAACAAGUCGCUGGCACUAGACUGGCUAACUAAGGCCAAGGAUUUCCCUGCACGCUCCGAUGAGGACAUUGAGGUUCAAAAAGAAGCUACUGACCUACUAAAGAGCUUGGGUGAAAAAAUCUGAGUUGUGCUACUUUAUUUAAACUUAUUUAGACAGCAUUCAUUCAGAUGUAAUCCUGAACUGCAGUCUCUUCAUUGGAAGUGCAAAACGAUUGUGAAUAUAUAAAAUAUACUGUGGGAAAAUAAGAACUUCCCAUGUUGCAAUGAGGUGCCUGUAUGCACAGCCAAUAGGAAUCUGUUUUGUAAAAGUGCCUAACAAAUAGGGAUGCACUGAAUCCACUAUUUGGGAUUCGGCCGAAUCCCUGAAUCCUUCAUGAAGGAAACUGAAUCCUAAUUUGCAUAUGCAAAUUAGGGACAGGAAGGGAAAAAGUUGAAAAACACAUGUUUUACUUCCUUCUUUUGUGACAAAAAGUAAUGUGAUUUCCCGCCCCAUAUUUGCAUAUGCAAAUUAGGAUUCGGAUACGGUUCUGCCGGGCACAAGGAUUCAGCCGAAUCCGAACCGAAUCCUGGAUUUGGUGCAUCCCUACUAACAAAUCUAUCUUAUAUAUGAGAUACAAUUAUGGAAACCUUUGAUAAUUUGUAAUUAAAUGUACAUGAAACCAU